AUGAAAACAAUUGUAGAAGUAUAUUCAACAGAAUUAAUGAAUGAGCCACCACCAGCAUAUUCACUAACUAGUCCAUGUUUACCACCGGACAGUCCACAAGAACAAGAUUGGCCAUUUGAAUCACCAUCAUGUUUUGAUGGCUAUCCACCAUAUCCAGCUGGUCCACCACUACUCAAAAUUGCCUAUCCGAAAGACAUUCCCGGUCCAACAUAUGGCUGUCCGAAAUGUGAAGGAAGAUUUCUG